UCCACAUGUUAUCUCAUUGUUGGGGGGUGAUGCCCAAUUUAGGAAUCACUGGCAACCCGGAAUAUCUCGUCAGUCAGAGUACACUCACCUGCUUAACUGUCUUGAGUGGCACAGGCCCCAGUGAUGCUACAAUUGGACUAGCACCAUUCAGUGGCACCAUUAAACAGCAAUGGUUCAUCCAGGAUUCAACUUGGAUUUGGGCUGGAAAUCGUUCCUGUUGCCUUGCUCAAGACAGGAAACAGGGCACCUUAGUGCUAGGGGCAGUUGGCAGCAGCAAAGCCACGUGGAAUCUCGAUGACCAAGGGAUGAUGGAAACCAACUCACAGGUUCUAGAUGUACCAUGGGAGAAACCAAGAACUCAUGUUAUUCUCUACCCGAAGCAUGGCGGCGUAAACCAGAAAUGGUGGAAGCUCUCCCAAGUCAAAUCGAUUCUUCAGAAGUUUCCAGAGAUGAAAACCUCGUAUCCUGCACCUUUAGUAAACAUGGCCGACAGGAUAGCAGUUCAGAACCAGCGUUGUCAGUGCAAGGAGAAAUAUCGUACCAGAGUGGGAUUGAAAGCUGGUGCUGCUUUUGAGGAACCAGAAUAUCUUAUCAGCCAGAGCACGCACACGUGCUUAACAGUGCUCAAUGGUACAGGUCCAAAGGACGCCAGCAUUGGUUUAGCCCCCUACACCGGUAAUGCAAGACAGCAGUGGUUUGUGGAAGAUGGAAUCUGGGAAUGGAGUCUGAACCGAUCUUAUUGCCUAGCUCCUGACUUGCAGAAAGGUGGGUUAAAACUUGAACUAAAGAACUCGCAUGCAUCAUGGACUAUAGAUAAAUAUGGACUGUUUACGAAUGGCCCUCAUGCCUUGGAUGUGCCUUGGGAAGGAGCAAGGACAAAGGUUAUUCUUUAUCCAAUACAUGGUGGCAUCAAUCAGAGGUGGUGGUGUAUGUCAAGUCUCAAGUCGUGCGUUGGUUGUAAAAUGUAUCCGCUAUCUGCAUCAGAUGAAAAUACCUACAAAGAUGAAAUGGCACGGGGCAUAGUCAACCGCUUAUGUCCUCUGACGGAACCUUUACCUCACCUGAGGGAUACUGAUCAUUAUCCAGGAAAUGUUGCACCAGGAACUCCAAGAAAAACUGUGAUGUGUACCCUAACUGUUGGAACCAUGCAGCAGCGUAGUAGCCUUCGUAUGACAGUUCCUGAAGACUGGCAAGCUACCAAUAUGUAUGUAGUUGCAGGGGAUAUAUUCACUAUCACAUUACCAAAUAUAACUGAAAAGCAGGCUGAACAAAUCACAGUCAGAGUUGGAGCUCACCGUGACUGUCUUACUCCUACAUCACCCAAUCUGCGAAAGGGUAUCUUUAAACGCAUGCCAGUUGUGUCUGAGGAAUUUGACCUUAAUCCAGGUAAAAAUUGUCUGCGUAGCCAGUUUGGAGGUAACCUUAUCUUUACGUACGAAGGAAAAGAGAGAUUUAAUGUCACAGCUGAAGUGAAAAAUGUUGUUGAAACACCUCAUUAUAUUCUUGGAAAGUCGAGCAGCACGGACUGGAAGAAAAUGAAAAAUCUAGAUGCACCAUUUUCAGUUCUUGAAACUGACAAAGUUGUGCUGAUAGUUCCAACUUCUGAAGCAAGAGGCAUUGUGGAUAUUGAUGAUUUACUCCGCAGAUAUGAUGACAUCAUGACAAAACUGGAAGACCUCUCAGGCUUUAAUGAAAGUGACCCACCACCCCAGGGAAAACAGUGGAUGGUUGAUGAUGUUCAGAUAACUGCUGGAAGUGCACAUGCAGGAUUCCCAGCAAUGUUUGAUCAUGAGUAUUAUGACCUGACUUCACCUAAAACACCACAUGACUGGGUUGUCUGGCAUGAACUUGGGCACAACUACCAGCAAGGCCCAUACUGGUCCUAUGCCUAUGGGAUUGAGUCUACUGUGAAUUUGUUUUCUCUUUAUAUCGAAGAGAAGCUGAAAGCAGACGACCGCUUGAAGAGGGAGAACAGGUACUUACCAACAGCCCUAGCAGUCGACAAGGGACUGACAUUUGAACAAGCCGACUGCUGGCAAAAGUUAGUUUUCCUGAUGGAAAUAAAAUAUUCAUUUCCGAGUCAUGGGUGGGAGAUGUAUCGGCACUUGAAUCGCACCGUGCGGGCCCUGUCAGAGCAUGAUGCUGCUAUACUGAAGAAAAACCGUCAGAACCAGUAUGACUAUGUAUAUGUUACGCUUAGCCGCUUCAUUGGUACUGAUUUGCUACCUCACUACCAAAGGUGGUCUUUGCCAGUUUCUGGAAAGGCACAGAAUGAGGUGAAAUCUUUGGGGUUACCUAAAGCUCCUCACAACAUGUCUGCUAGCAGCAAUCCAGAGAAGUACGUAAUCUCUUAAAUGUAAACAGUGAUUUGAUGGUCUGCAGGCAGAUGUAAAU